AUGGGUAUUCCACACGAGGAUCGACAGCAGCAUAUUCUGAACUUCUUGGAGAUUAGUGAUACUUAUAUCACUAACGGGGUCACUCCAGAUUACGUGAGGCUCACACUUUUUCCAUUCUCUCUGUUGGGCGAGGCUAAGCAAUGGCUAAAGGCAGAACCAGCUAAUUCCAUCACAUCAUGGAAUGAUUUGGCAAGAAUAUUUCUGGCAAGUUGGGGUCAAGUGUUGGAGAAAAGCUUUGACGAGAUAUAUGCAUUGUUGAACAAAUUCUCCAAGAGCAAUCCGGAUUGGCAAGGAGAGAUGGGCAGACACACAGUGCAAAGGUCUGCAGGGGUUCUUGAGCUAGAUGUCGUCUCAGCAUUAUCAACGCAGAUUUCUACACUGACCAAUCAAGUCAACCAGAUGAACUUGAGUAUCAACAAGCAACAAGCCCAACCAGUGCAACAUGUUCAAAUAUUUUGUGAAGUAUGUGGAGAGGGUCACAUGAGCAAUCUAUGCCUAGCAAAUCCAGAGUCUGUAUAUUUUGUGGGUAAUGCAAAUCGAGGCCAAACAAAUCAGUAUGGGGACACUUACAAUCCCAAAUGGAGGAACCACCUAAACUUCUCUUGGGGUGGAAACCAGGGCACUCAGAAUCAAUACAGGCCUCAAGCACCUCAACAAUAA